AAUUUACAAAUAAUUGAUAGACUAUAAAUGCUAUUAGCCCAAUAAAGGACAAGGAGUUUCCUAAAAAACAAAUAAAGAUAGAACAAGAAUCUCUAGAUCUCCUAAUUUGACUCAAUUUCGGAAAAUCUAUCUAGUCCUUCAAACUAUUUAUUUCCAUAAACAACUCUUUUCCUAAACCCAAUAUAAUAAGGAAACCAACACCAAUAAAAAAGAGAAAAAGGAAUUUAUACAUAUUUGAAUCCAAAUCUAUUUAGGAAAUCAAAAAAAUAAUUAUAAAAAGAGAGCCUUUGCCUCUCAAAAGUAAUAUCCCAAAGUUUUUUGCUGCUGAUCUCUGAGAACAAAAACAUAAGUUUUCUAUAUUCAUCUCUUUUUUUCUUGUCAGUUCCUUAGAAAAAUGGCUGGAAUUGUGGUGAUUUUCGACUUCGACAAGACGAUCAUCGACGUGGACAGUGAUAAUUGGGUAGUAGAUGAGUUAGGGGGCACUGAUUUAUUCAAUCAACUUCUCCCCAGUAUGCCAUGGAACGCUCUCAUGGAUAGAAUGAUGAAGGAGUUUCAUGCACGUGGAAAAACAAUUGAAGACAUUGAAGAGGUCCUUAGACGGGCACCUAUAAUUUCCAGGAUUGUCCCAUGCAUUAAAUCAGCUUAUGCAUUAGGGUGUGAUUUGAGAAUAAUAAGCAAUGCAAAUAUAUUCUUCAUUGAAACAAUCUUGAAACAUCUCGGAAUAAGAGAUUGCUUCUCUGAAAUCAACACGAAUCCAUGCUACGUUGAUGAGGAAGAUAGGCUUGAAAUCUUCGCUUAUGAUGAUUUUCAUGGCUGCAAUAAUAUUUUGUGCCCUCCCAACAUGUGCAAGGGUAUGAUAAUAGAAAGAAUACAAGCUUCCAUAGGCAAUAGAAGAAUGAUCUAUCUUGGUGAUGGAAACGGCGAUUUUUGCCCUAGUUUGAAGCUUAGAGAAGGAGAUUUCGUCAUGCCAAGAAAAGAUUUCCCCGCCUGGAAUUUGAUAAACGAAAAUAGGACGCUUAUAAAAGCAUUGGUCCACGAGUGGAAGGACGGGGAAGAGCUUGAGUACUUUCUGCUACAAUUGAUUAACACGAUCACCAUUGAAGAAAGUCAAUUGUUAUCAAUGAAAAAUUUGUUUGGAAACGCCAAUUGCUACAAUUGCAAAGCAAGUUAUAAUCCCAAUGUCACACGUUUGAACAAGCCUAUUGACAUAUACUGUGAGUGGAUCGAUGAAUGUCAACGUGCCAAUAAGAGACCUGUUGUCGAAUAAAUUUAGAUGACAACUUAUGUAAUUUUAUUUUGAUAGGCGGUCAUGUUAUAACAUAUGAUUUUGUAUAUGGAACCAUUUUUGUUAUGUCUUGUAUUGUUAGCUCUUUUUCAAUCAUAUGUAGUAGCUUGAUUUACGAUAUGUUGGCUAAAAAAUUUCAUCUUAUAGUUGCUUUGUGAUAUGUAGACAUAUUAUAUAAGUGCUUUGGAAGCUGUAUGUCGAGAAGUCAUUCAAAAACUUAGAAAAACCACAAUUUAUCUGAAGUAUAAUUAACUAGGAUUAGGUUAAUGACAGACAAAAUUCGAUGACCAACUUAAUUAAUUUGGAUUCUAGUACAGCGAUAUCGAAUUUGUCACAAUUUUGAAAGUGAAAACUUACAGUUCCUUUAUAUGU